UGUUUAUUAUUAGCUUUUAUUUCCACUUUCAGUUGUAAAAGACCUGGUCCUGAUACCUGUCCAUACCAAGCCAGACGACUCACUGAAGGAACUCGAUGAGCUGUAUGACGUGGUGAAAGCAGUCAGAAGGAAGUGGAAAACAGACAACAUUAUGAUACUGGGAGACUUCAAUGCAGAUGGUCGAUAUCUCUCUAAGAAAAAGAAGGAAUCAAUCCGAAUCUCCUCUGAUCCUUUCUUUUGGUUGAUAGAUGAUGAUGUUGACACAACGACUAGUAAUUAUAAUGACCACACCUAUGACAGGAUUGUGGUGUAUGGAGAAAAAAUGCUAGAUGCCAUCCUUCCUGAAUCCGCCAAAUCCUUCAACUUCCAGGAGGAGUUUGGCCUGACUGAUGAAGAGGCUGAAAGCAUCAGUGAUCAUUAUCCUGUGGAGGUGGAGCUUGAGAGUGUCCAAACAAAGCAGAGGAAGCAGGCUUUGCCCCGAACAAGAAAAACAUCCACUAAAGGAAAAACUCCACAGAAAGGAAUUAAGAAGAGGACAAAGCCCUGUGGAUCCAAGAGUAAAAGUUCAGCAGGAAAAAAGAGAAAAGGACGACCAGUGACAUCCAACAGCCCAACAAAAAGGAGACGUUAAGCUAUCUUCUCUAGUCAUCCGCUGAUGUGCUGUUUAAAAGUUUUGAUGAAAUCUCCUUGCCUGUUUAAUAAUCAGAUAAACACAAAAAGAUUUUAUAGCCUCAAAAUAAUUCUUUUUUGAUCAUUUCAGUUAAAUAAGCCUUUAAAGGGAGCAUUUGGUCCAGAAGUAUGGGCCCUUUUAACACUCUGUAGUCCAAUAACUUAUUACCUCCAAACUUUAUGUAUUUUUGCUGGUUAUUGCUUUGUGUUUAUUGCUCACAGUUGUGUAAUUUAUAUUUAAGGCUUGUAUUUGAUUAAAUAUAAAAUAACCAAACACUUCACUAAAUGAAUCGAUAGACUGGUAAGUAAAUCGAGCAGAAUUAUAGGUCAGGUUGUCUUGAAAGCAUCCCUGAACUUUGAAAAAUGGAUUAUCUAUUCAAGAUGCAAAUUUUAAAACAUAGAAACAUUGAAAUUAGCACCUUAAACUCAGUAAUCAGGUACUGUUAAAACAGAAAUUGGUAAAGCUUUUAUUAAGAAUGAUUAACACAUAAAAAUAUUUACAUAUACAUUUGUCUUGACUCAAUCAUAUUAAUAUGUUUCACAGGAUGUCCGUAUUUUCUAUUACAAAAUAAAAUAAAUAAAACA